UUUGGAAUGACAUUUGGAAAUGGCUGAAAUCAGCUAUGGGCGACGGCCAGAAGGCUGAGAUUAUGAUCUUCGCAAAUGCAGAGCGCUCGCCGGACGAUCUGGUGGUGACCUAUUUUGAUAAUGGUUACCAAAAUCGCCUCAAUUGGAACGAAUACAAGUCAAUUGGGCCUAUAGCAACGGCUGCAGUUGUGAGAGCUGGCUGGAACUGUGCCAAACUGGAGCAGAUAGCCCAGUCAGUGCGGGAUAGGAGGUUCUGCGAGGAUGAGUUGGAUAGACUUCGAGAACAGGCAAGGGCGGAGCGUAGACGGAUCUCUACCCGUGGCCUGUCUGAGCCAGUGAGCGUGUUUGAUUGAGUGUAGAAAAUCUACUAGCCAACAGAUUAUCUGCGGCUAUCAGCGCUGCGCUCUCGCCAAUGUAUGGGUCAUACGCGAUCGAAGCUGUACAUACAACUAUGCUAGUAAUGCAUGAAUAUAACGCACUUCUGUGUCACCUCGAGAAAAUCUGGACCACCCUUGGCAGAUGUUGGACUUCGGGGUGUAAGAUAACAUAUAAAUAGAGUCACUUAGCACGGCUCCAGCCAUCCAGCCAUC